AUGACCAAAGUCGCCCUUCCGAAUAGCACCGGCGGAACUCUAACGUACUGUUAUAGAUGGAAGAUCACAAAUUGGUGCGAGUUCUAUAAAGGAAGACAGAAGAAUCCACAGGCCUUGUCUCUAUAUUUAGGUAUUCUGGAAACGACACCCGGAUGCCUGCACGGGAUUCGUAAGAAAGUUAGUAUUAUUUUCGUCUUGGAAAACCUAAGAACCCGAGGAAUGGACUUUGGAAAAAUGGAAUUUCCGGUUUGGUUUUGUGAUAAACAUUCUACGUGGGGUGAAGAAAACCUUAUGUCAUUGGAUGAAAUGGAUAGCAAUGACACGGUCUCCUUAUGUGUCAAAUUCGAAAUCCAAGAAUCGAUUAUAGAUGCAUCGCCAGAGAUCGGCGUCAAUCCUUUUAAUAAACUGGUCAAUUCCCCGCGAUUUUCUGAUAUCACUUUCCGUGUAAUUGAUGACGCUGGUCGGGAUAAAUUAUUCUAUGCUCACAAGGGGGUUCUAGCAUGCUCGUCGCCGGUAUUUGAAGCAAUGCUGACGAAUGGAAUGAAAGAAACUCAUGAAAAUGAAAUUCGGCUUCACCAAGCCAAUCACAACGCUUUCCUCGCUCUGCUUACCUAUGUAUAUACCUUUAACGUUAACAUUGAAUCAUUGUGCGAUGCCGAAAACUUACUGGCAUUGGCGGAUCGGUUUGCUAUUGUUCACGUGCGAGAAGAAUGCUUGCGAUAUUUUCGAUUGGAGGUGAACGUGAAUAACGUAUGGGGUAUUUGGGCGAUUGCCGAGAAAUACUCGUGCUCGAAGACGUCAACAUCAUGCCGGGAUUAUGUUGCUCGUUAUCUUGGGACACUCUUGGACAAACAGUCUACGCUAGACGCCGAUCCGAAUAUCCUCUGUCUUGCACUUGAGAACGAUGAAGCUAACGUUGACAAGGAAGAGCAUAUUUAUGAAUUUGUGGUUAAAUGGGUGAAUUAUUUUUACUCUAGUGAUUCAUCCAAUGCUUUGACCGUCUCGAAAAAUUCUAGUAGCACACAUGUUGAUACCUUAUCAACUUCGCCAUCCACCUCAUCAUCUGUUUCUAUGCCUUCAGAGCUUCCUGAAGAUUUUGAAGAUCUAAGUCUGAUGUCCCUGAGUGAAAGGAAUGAUGGCGUUUCCAUUGACCAAGAUUAUGGUGAUGCUAAGUUACUGGAUGAUGAGGUUGAUGACUCUGAGAAAUUUCCGAAACCGUGGCGCGGAGAUAGGUUGGCGGCACUCCCAACUUUAUUGAAGUGCGUCAGGUUUCCAUUGAUGCAAACUAGAUAUAUUUUUGAGAAGGUUGAAAAAAAUCCUGUGAUAAUGGAGGCCGAAGGGAUGAAAGACUUGGUAGCCUAUUGUUCAUUUUAUCCCAAAUAUUUUAAGAUGGACUCUAUCGCAUUUAUUCAAGUCCGUUAA